GCUGCCUGAGCCGGCGGCGGGUCCUGCAGCGGGGCCACGAGCGCUCUCGACCGGCUGGCACUUCCGCGCGGGCGCGUCCUCCUUGGCCGGCCGCUCUCGUCCGAUGGCGGCGCCCGGGGACGGCGAAGGCAGGCGAAGGGCGCCCUUCGGGAGCCGCUUCCUGACCGACCCGGCCCGCCUUUUCCAGCACAACGCCUGGGACAAUGUGGAGUGGUCUGAAGAGCAGGAGGCGGCUGCGCGAAGGAAGGUCCAGGAGAACAGCCUGCAGUUUCUACCUCCCGAUCAGCAAGAGGCCUAUGAAAUCAACGCCAACCAGUACUGGAACGAAUUCUACAAAACCCACGAAAAUGGCUUCUUCAAGGACCGCCACUGGCUUUUCACUGAAUUUCCUGAGCUGGCCCCGAACCAAAACGUCGGUCAGGACGCCAAGCCCGUCUCUGAGGACAGUGGCGCAGUGCAACAGUCCAAGACCCCAGGCCCUGGAGGCUGCUGUGGCACUGGGCCUGGAUUGCUGGAGGAGACCGGGGCCUUGGAGCAUCUGUCAGACUCCAAAAUGAGCAGCUGCCGGUUGCAUACCCAAGUGGAAACGGCAUCGCGGAGCCUGGAGGCUGUAAAACUGAAUGAGGACUUCCCGGGGUCGUCUGCUUCUUACCGGAUACUGGAGGUGGGCUGCGGGGCUGGAAACACGGUCUUCCCCAUCCUCCAGACCAACAAUGAUCCCAACCUCUUUGUGUACUGCUGUGACUUCUCCAGUAGGGCCGUGGACCUUGUCAAGGCUCAUCCAGAAUACGACGCGUCUCGCUGCUUUGCAUUCGUUCACGACCUCUGCGACACUCAGGUGCCUUUUCCAGUGCCGGAUGAGAGUCUCGACGUGGUGGUCCUGAUCUUUGUCCUUUCGGCGCUCCUUCCGGAAAAGUAUCAAAAAGCGGUCGUCAUCCACAGACUUAGCCGGCUUCUAAAACCCGGUGGACUGAUUCUGUUGCGAGAUUACGGCCGUUACGACCUGGCCCAGCUCCGCUUCAAGAAAGGUCAGUGUCUGGCGGAUAACUUUUAUGUGAGAGGAGACGGCACCAGAGUUUAUUUCUUCACGCAAGGCGAGUUGGAUUUGCUGUUCUCCACAGCCGGCUUGGAGAAAGUCCAAAACCUGGUGGACCGCCGCCUCCAGGUGAACAGAGGAAAGCAAGUGACCAUGUACAGGGUGUGGAUCCAGUGCAAAUACCGCAAGCCCCUCCUCCGGCUGAGGAGAGACCAGGAGACCAGCCACUCUUAGCGCUGUGGCCACGUCACCUGGGGGCUGCCCCACAGCAUGGGGGAAGUCUGCACAGGCUGGGUACAGCAGCAGAGCCCCUCAGUCAGUGCUGGUAUCAGAGGGGGAGAGAAUUUGCUGGCCUCACGAACGUCCUUGGAGUGAAGAUUCGAACGUGGAGUUGGCCUUUUAGAACACUGAAGACUCCGAAUGAGCCUGAGAGAAGGGGGCCCUGGAGAUCUUGGUGGCCUGUAAGGUGCUGUUGGGCUUGCAUCUUGCUCUUGACUGAGAGACCCAACACGGCUGCCCGCCUGGAACUUCCCAAGGGAAGCAUCCACAGACUCUUUCCAGGCCUCGUCGUUGGGAUGGCUGCCUUUAGCUCAGUUAACUUAAAAUGGGGAUUGCUGAUCCUGCUGCGUUUCAGGACCUCUCUGCCACUGUGGCAGCCAGUUGGGGGAGGCACUGGAGUUCCAUCCAGCUCCACAAGGGACAGCAGUGAGAUCACCAGGACAGAAGCCACAGCGACAGGGCCCGUGUGAGAGAGCGGACCUUGCAGCUUGGCACAACAAGCACUGGGGCCGGCAAUAUCAGAAGGAGGACUCCCGACAUGAUCCUGUGUAUGUGUCAGAGCAGACACACUAAAUUAAACGUCCACUUUCCCUCAUGCACUCAAAGGGGAAAGUGAACCUGAUAUUAAUAAGCAUGUGGGCGGUGAGGUGCUGCACAACUCUCCAGGCUGAGGGAAUUGUCGCAAAUCGAGAGGCAUAAAAUACCAUUAACAAGAGGAAGGCCCAGAUUGGAGGUUGUGACACGGCCUGACAAGCCAAACAGUUGUGGCUGCAGCACAGGCGUCCACUGUGUCACACCAAAGGCUCUGUGGUCACUGUAAACCAUGUCUUAUUUGCAAAGCACCCGUACCUGGAUGUGUCCUGCAGAGGUUCACCUCACAGCCAAGUUUUUGUCAGUGGCUUAAAGAGGACAGUCUUAUGGAGGUGAUGUUAGACUGCCAUCAGCAGGUCUCUGAGGAGGGCGGCACAGAUACCCUAUCAAGAGAGAAAGCAGCCAAAGGAGGCAUGACUGGGUGGUCUCUGACCAACCCACUGAACGGACUGCUUGGGGGCUGCCCCAUGAGGAGAGAGCCAAUGGGUGGCUCAGCUCACUCCUGGUCACCAGCAGCACAUGAGAGGGCAGACGCCCCCUCCUGGGCCUGUGCUGUCACCACGGGGGCCAAACCAGGCCCCUCUGUCCUCCCCAGUGGCAGCGAGGGAGGGUGCAUCUUUUAUACGGGGGAAACCUUCAGCCAGCCUGAGAGAAGCACAAGGCUAUAUUCUUAAAAAUCAAAUCCGUAUGUUGUGCUGAGUAAGGGCAGACCU